AUGAAUUUUCCUCCGAUAAUUAUCAGAAAUUCUUAUAAUGAAGGAAUAUCGAGCUCUUUUGAAAAAUCAUUUUCCAAGACCCCAAUUCCUAAACUACCCAGAAUCCGGGCUCUAAGCCAAAGAAAUUCCUCAAACCAAAUCACAAUCAGAAGCCGAAACAGCAACCAUUCCCAGCAUUACAGUGAAAUAUCUGACGAAAUCGACAUAAAACUAAGGCACCAUCUAGAAGCAAAAGACGCCUUAAUAAAACAAUACACAUUCCAAUCAAAUAAAAAGCAAGAGCUUGAAGAAAAAAUCAAAAAAAAAGAAAGAAAAGAACGUUUGUCUUUACAAUUGCAAAAAGUCUAUGGGUAUUCCUUUGAUAAGGACAUUUAUAGGCUAGAAGAUGAAGAAAUGAUACAAAAAGCAUCAGAUUUUUAUAAAGAAAAAAAAUCUUUCCUUGGGAUUGUAAAAUUCCAACGGAUGUGGCAUCAGCAUUUCAUCAAAAAUAAAAUUCAAAUAGAAAAAAUAAAAAUAAAUUCAGCAGCAAGAAAAAUACAAAAUUGCUGGCUGGAUUAUUAUCGUAAAGCUGUUUUGCCAAGAAAAUUGCUGGAAAAGAGAAUUAAAGCAGCUACAAUAAUUCAGAAAUAUAUAAGAGGGUACUUCCAAAGACAAAGCUAUCUACUAUAUAAACAUCAGAAAAAUCUUGCUUUAGCUUUUAAAUAUAUGGAAGAUUUCAAAAAUAAAAUUUUAGAAAAAAAUACGAUAAUUAUACAAAGAAAUUGAAGGUCUUAUAAGCUUAGGCAAAGUAUAGCGAAAAGAUUAGAAAGAAAAAGAAAAAAACGAAAUGUUAUUCCUUUAAGGACUUUAAAAAGAGAAAACACUGAAUUUGAUGGGAAAACUAGCAAUGAUAAUUCUCCAAGAAGACAUAACCAGGACUCUUCGCCAAGAAAAAUUAACUUUGAUGAUAAUAAGCCAUUUGAGAGCUCACCGAGAAAAAUAAAUAUCGAAAAUUCACCCAAAAAAUUAAAUUUAGAUAAUUCUCCGCAUAUGCAUAAAAUGGCCUGAGACGAGCAACUGUCCACCUGUGGCAGGUAUCCUUAUAUAUAUUAGGAUGUAGUUUUUUGGUGUAAAGAAUGCCCAAGAAGUUGGGUUAGUCCCUAGUCGAGAGAGGUCAGGUGCCACUAGCCAGUAACCUGACUCGAGCUGCAAUUUUUUGGAUCUUUUUUACCAGUAGCGCCCAGGCCCAGGAUGGGUGACUGAUAGAGACAGGUGACUUGCAUGCCUAGGCUAAUUGGCGGCUUUGCCCUAAUGGUAUAAGCAUCUUUUCUUUGGAGCUGGGUUCGAUGAAGAUUCUCAGGUACAAGCCUCUCAAGCAAAGGAUCGCAAAAAAUAAAGAGUCAAUCUGGCCUGAGCUAAAAAGGAUUGGGCUAUCUUGGUGUAUAAGUUGGAAAUGGAGGUUCCCGCAUAGUCCGUAUGACUCGGACCAUGGAGAAAAAUGCCUCUUCUUAGAAAUGGGGGUUUCAGCCCAGGCUCAAUUUACCUUGAGGGGCUCUCUAACGGCUUACGUUGUGAAUACAGGUAUUCAGGAAAUUGGGGACUAUAAAUCACAUUGUUUAAUCCAAUCCAGAUAACUCUCCACGAAAAUUCGAAGAUACUUUACGAAAAUCGAAAGAAGACAUCCCUCCGCUUCGCAUAAAACCUGAAAAUUCCCCAAAAAAAUCCAAAUCCAAAGCCGAAGACUACGGAAAAAAACCCAAAAAAGAAAAGCACGGUCUAAUAAAACUAAUAAAGCCGACAAGUCCCAAGAAAAAACCCAAAAAAAUAAUAUAA